CAGCACGAGUUCUGGAACACUUGCCUGCUCUUGAGCUCAAGACACCAUCGAUCAGCUGCUUCUCGUGCUCCUCACCAGCUUCCCAACUGCAACUUUAGCAGCGAAACUACCAACUUCCAUGGAGGCCCAGAACGUGGAGGUUGCUGCCCUGGUGCAGAAGAUCGCGGCCCUCCACGCCGACAUCGCCAAGCUGCCGUCGCUGAGCCCGUCCCCCGUCGUCGACGCUCUGUUCACCAACCUCGUCAUGGCCUGCGUCCCGCCGAGCCCCGUCGACGUGACCAAGCUCAGCCCGGACGCCCAGAGGAUGCGGGAGGAGCUCAUCCGCCUCUGCUCCGACGCCGAGGGCCACCUCGAGGCGCACUACGCCGACAUGCUCGGCGGCUUCGACAACCCGCUCGACCACCUCGGUCGCUUCCCGUACUUCAGCAACUACAUCAACCUGAGCAAGCUCGAGUACGACCUUCUGGUCCGCUACAUCCCAGGGCUCGCGCCUUCCCGCGUCGCCUUCGUCGGGUCAGGUCCCUUGCCGUUCAGCUCGCUCGUGCUCGCCGCACGCCACCUGCCCAACACACUGUUCGACAACUACGACCGGUGCGGCGCCGCCAACGACCGUGCGCGGAAGCUGGUCCGUGCGGACAAGGACCUGAACGCGCGCAUGUCCUUCCACACGGUGGACGUCGCCAACCUGACCGACGAGCUCGGCAAGUACGACGUCGUCUUCCUUGCGGCGCUCGUCGGCAUGGCGGCCGAGGACAAGGCCAAGGUGGUGGCGCACCUUGGCAGGCACAUGGCCGACGGGGCGGCUCUCGUCGUGCGGAGCGCGCACGGGGCUCGCGGGUUUCUGUACCCCAUCGUUGAUCCCGAGGACAUCCGUCGCGGCGGGUUCGACGUUCUGACGGUGUACCACCCGGACGGCGAGGUGAUCAACUCUGUCAUCAUCGCGCGCAAGAUCGACGCCCACGCAAAGACGGAGGUUUCUGCCCUGGUGCAGAAGAUAACCGGCCUGCACGCCGCCAUCACCAAGCUGCCAUCGCUGAGCCCGUCCCCCGACGUCGACGCGCUGUUCACCGAGCUCGUCAUGGCCUGCGUCCCACCGAGCCCCGUCGACGUGACCAAGCUCGGCCCGGACGCGCAGAGGAUGCGAGAGGAGCUCAUCCGCCUCUGCUCCGACGCCGAGGGACACCUCGAGGCGCACUACGCCGACAUGCUCGCCGGCUUCGACAACCCGCUCGACCACCUCGGCCGCUUCCCUUACUUCAGCAACUACGUCAACCUGAGCAAGCUGGAGUACGACCUCCUGGUCCGCUAUGUCCCGGGCCUGGCGCCUUCCCGCGUCGCCUUCGUCGGGUCAGGCCCCCUGCCGUUCAGCUCGCUCGUGCUCGCCGCGCGCCACCUGCCGAACGCGCUGUUCGACAACUACGACCGGUGCGGCGCCGCCAACGACCGUGCCCGGAAGCUGGUCCGCGCGGACGAGGGCCUGCGGAAGCGAAUGUCCUUCCACACCGCCGACGUCGCCAGCCUCACGGACGGCCUCGGCAAGUACGACGUGGUGUUCCUGGCCGCCCUCGUCGGCAUGGCGGCCGAGGACAAGGCCAAGGUGGUGGCGCACCUUGGCAGGCACAUGGCGGACGGGGCGGCGCUCGUCGUGCGGAGCGCGCACGGGGCUCGCGGGUUCCUGUACCCGAUCGUCGACCCUGAGGACAUCCGGCGCGGCGGGUUCGACGUGCUCGCCGUGUACCACCCGGACGACGAGGUCAUCAACUCCGUCAUCAUCGCGCGGAAGACGGACGCCCACGCCAAGGGACCUCAGAAUGGGCACGCGCAUGCGCGCGGCGCGGUGCCGAUAGUGAGCCCGCCGUGCAAGUGCUGCAAGAUGGAGGCGAACGCGCUGCAGAAGAGGGAGGAGAUGGCGACGACGGAGCUGUCCAUCUGAUGCGAAAAGGAACUUUUGAGGAGCUGCGCGUGGUAACAAUAAUUACGAAACGUUGUUUCGUCUCUUGAUCUCUCGUGUAACUGUUCGUUUGCACUUGGUUAUUUUGUUGUCAUGCGAAUGUGUAAGUGCUCAAUAAUGACGUGUUUUUCCUAUGUGAUGAUAUAUAUGCCAAGUUGCCAGCACUUUUACGUGUCUGAUGUCACGGACGACAUCGAUGAUCGAGAACAGUGUGCAUGUAAACAAGUACUCCUACUGUUUGAUGAGGCAGGGAUUGAUUUAUCA